AUGGUUGUUGACGACCAAGAUGGGAUAGACAGGAUCUCCGAUUUGCCCAAAGAAAUUAUCCAUAUAAUAUUUAAAGACAUGUCAUUUCGAGAAGUGACAAGAACAUGUGUCUUGUCAAAAAAAUGGCGAAAAUUUUGGACUGCACAUCCAAAUCUUAUUCUAGACAGACAAUUUUUUCGAGAGACAGUUGGUAAUAGGAGAAUGAUUGAAUAUAACUAUUUUAGUGAUAUAAUUGACAAAGUUAUUUUGCAGCAUAUUGGAUCCAUUGACAAAUUUACCCUUGAUAUGUCAAUGUUCUAUUUCUAUAAUUGGGACCUUGACCAUUGGUUGCUAAAUGUAACCAUAAAAAAUGUCAAGGAAGUAAUCUUAGAUAAUUACAACCAUGAUCCUUGUAUCUUACCCUUUUGCAUAUUUGAUUGCUCAACUCUCACAUAUUUAUAUAUCACAAAUUGCUUAGUAAAACCACCUUAUCCCACCAUAUUAUUUCCAAAUCUCCUUGAACUAAAUUUGAAAUCCAUCAAAUUUAGCCAAGACAUAGCAAAUCAUUUCUUUACUAUCCCAUUACUUUCAACCUUAACAUUCACUUCCUGCAAUGGUAUUCAUUUCCUCAACAUUUCUGCUCCAAAGGUUGAAUUCUUGACUAUUUAUAAGAGUCAUAAAAUUUGUGCAAAUUUUCUAGAAAACUUCCCAAAUGUUAAGGUUUUGUGCAUUGUUAUAUUCAUUGGUGAAGAAUCAGCAAAUUAUGAACAAGAGAGGUUCAUUACAUGGUCAAGGCUUCUUUUUGUAUGCUCUAAUCUGAGAGGGCUUGCUUUGAGUAAUUCUUGCAUUGGGCUUUUGGGUGCAGAAAAUAUUCCUAAAAGGUUUCCAUUCAAAGCCUAUCAUUUGGAGGAUGUAAAUUUGCGUGUGGAGUUUGGUGAUAUUGAUCAAGUCUCUGGUGUUCUUUCCUUGAUUCGAAGUUCUCCCAACUUGCGCUCACUAGAGAUAGAUGUUUUUAGUAGUGGGAGCAGCGUAGAAGUUACAAAUUAUCUGGCAGAUCGAAACUGUGUUGACCAACAAUUUGAGAGGCUUGAAUAUGUGGAAGUAACAGAAUUUCAAGGCACAACAUCUGAGCUCAUUUUCUUACAGCUAAUCCUAGCAAAUUCCCCUUCACUUUCAAAGAUGAUCGUUGGAUCCUAUGAUGAACUUGAUGUAGGUAAAGUACGAUGUGAUUAUGAACUACUGAGGCUGUCCCCAAACGCAUCACCAAGAGUAGAAAUCAUCGUAAUACCUUACGAUCGAGAUAUGUAACUUAAACUUGCAGAGGCGGAUUCAGGAUUUAUAGUUAAUAAGUUCAACUGCAUGCACUUUAAUUUCCUUUAUGGGAUUUUGUUUUAAGUUAAUGUGGAGACUGUGGAUGUAGUAUUAUUUCUUUGUUUUUUUUUCUUCAGUUGAAGACUCUUUUGUUAUUUUGCAGUGAUAUGAGAUUCUUUCAUAUCAAGGCACAAUAUUG